UCAAUGUCUCAAUCAUCAAUUGCAGCCUUUCAUUCCUGUAUACCUACAAAUGUUAAUAUAUACAGAAACGUAGCAUUAGAGGCCAUUGUUCGGAUACCAAAUAAAGUAAAAAGCUUCUCAAUAACACCAAUCAAUGACUCUGAAGCAGGUGGGUGGAUCUUACUUCUGGGGUCAGUCACUGGACAAAUUUAUAGAACAAAUCUUUCAGAGUUCAAGACACAGUAUGAAAAAGCACAGGCCAAUUUCCAGACUUCUUUAGAGAACCAGCAAAUCUUUACUGACCUGCUAGAUUCCUCCUCUCCAGUUUGUGAAGCUACUGAGGGACCCACUGCUGUCACCCCUGAUACUUUUGUUUAUACUCUAACAUCAUCUCACAUCAUUCUAUCCCUGAGGUGUCCAGUUCUAGAUGUCUGUCAGUCUAUGGGAUUCAUCUUCACAGUCACCAAGGAUGAUAACUGUGUAAAAGUGCACUCAUACCCGAGUGAACUAAGUCAUAGCUUGGCUGAGCCUCUCACUGAAAACGUACUGGAAUUUCCAGUCCACAUGAAGAACUCCAGCUGUAAGCUGUUUAUUUUGACAUGUGAUUUGAUUAAUGGUUCAGAUAGAAGGAAAAGUAGUUCUACUCUAUAUAUAUCAUGUGAACUUUUUAAAAGUAUUUGUGGUGAGGUAGUACCACUGUGCAAUUCCCCAAUUUUACUCCUUACAUUAGCAGAAGGAUCAGUGUAUUACAGUCCCAUGAAGAGUAACAUUUUAUCCUCACAGCUCUCGCCUUUCUUACUCUUAUACCCAACCAGUAAACCUGUAGUAAGAAUUCAAUCAGGUAACUUGACUUUCAGAGAAAAGAACACACCAGAUUCUGAUGCUCGUGUAGACCAAAAGGUGAUCAACUGUCUUGUUAUGUGCUCCUCAAAUGGGGAUUGUGCUGUUCUGACACACAGUGAAAAAUUUGGAGCAGCCUUUGCUCCCUUUACUGUUCCUAGUUCAGUUGUAGAUUUUAGGAUUACUGGAUGUAAGAUGUACAUCAGCAGUGGCGAAGAUCUCUUUGUAACUGAUGUUAUGUUCUCUGAUGAUAAUGACAAGUGUGAAGUGGAAGUCCAAAAUUUGUUGAGCUUGAAAUUUGCUUGUGCAAAGGAGAUUCAUUGUGUACCUGAUUUCACUGCUGUCGAAGAGAUUGCUACUCACAUAUUAUGCAGAACAAAAUUAGGAAGAGUGUCUGUGAUAGAUGUCAACUCACGAUUAAAACAAACCACCGUCAAUAGAGCAACAAAACAGGGUCAGCAUAUCAAGGAACUCCUCACUGCUAUUGAGAACUGUCACCUCCAAACCCAGGGGCUAAUCACCAAAGAAGAAAGACAGCAGGAGUUCAUCUCACAAUUAAACUUAGCCUCACAUCUUGUAAGGGACAAAGCUUUAUUAAAGUGUGAGUGUGUGGUACUGCAGCAAGUGAGGGGUACCGAUUUCUUUUUAUCUUGUAAAGUGACCAAUCAGAGUGGCUUAAAGUUGUCAUGUGACUGGAGUUUGCUUGUGAAUGUUCAUCAGUCUAAUCCAAAUCAAACAACAUCUGCAAAUGAACGCGUAGACAGAGGUGUUAGAAACAGUGAUAGUGUUCUCAUUCAAGUUAAUCUGCCAUCUCAAAACACAAACAAUCAUUACAAUGUUACUGUAACUCUUUGUCUUCAUUUUCCAAAUGACCUUGAAAAUUUACCAGAAGAGAAAAGUAGCUCACUGUUAUCCAUCUUAAUUCAUCAAGAAAUACUUGACAUCUUCAAUUUUCUUAAUGAUGAAAAAUGUCUUUAUCAGAAAACUUGCCAGACAAGGUUAACGUUGCAUGCUUCAAUUUGGGAGAUGGCAUUAAGUCGCCCUGCAGCAAGUACAAUGCAAACCAAAUGUCCAGCGAAGAUGGAGGAAGACCAGUUGUCUGAAGUUCAUCUACUUAUACCUGACUCUCUACUGAAAAUUCCUGAAAUCUCAGCUCAUGGCCAAGGUAUGGAUGCUGUUUUGAGGUUUUUAACACAACCUUGUCAACACCAAGUAGAUGUUUUGAACCAGGAAGUGAGAUUAGUGGACCCCUCAGGAGAGCUGGUGAGGCUAUCUGUGGAGAUUCUGGACACUGGGGUAGACAGGCCGUCACUUAAAAUCAGCAUCUCUACAAGACGGAUCACUUUAGCGGCAGCAGUCAGGGAAGCUGUCUCCAGACGUUUACAGGAUGCAGAAAAGAAGAAUGGAAACUCUAAAGAAUGCUUACUGAAGGGUACUUUGCCAUCCCAUGAAAUUCCUAGUGCCUCUUUUUCUUCCAUGACAAAGAAGGGUGUUAUUGAAAUGUACAGACAGUUACGAUGUGUAUCUAAUAAUUAAAACAGAGAAAAAUUUCACAGUGUUCCAAGUAAAUCAGAAGAAAAAUGGAGCUAGCUGCUUGCUUGUAAGGCAU